AUGGCACCGCCUCAAGCUGAAGAUCCCAGGCCUACACUCGUGGCUGGUAACAGCUAUCUCACGGAUCCCUUCCAAGAUCCUUCUUCGGACAGUGCAUCAUCCCAAGGGCCUUCGAGGAGACCUUCUAGUGAAAAUCCUCCCUCGCCAACUGUUCCAGCACCGCCAGUUGUUGCAGCACCGCCUGCGGUUCCUGCCCCUGUGGUUCCUGCUUCCGCUCGUGCUCCUGCGGCCCCUGUUGCCCUUCCUCCCCCUCAGAUACAACUACCUGUCGAUGAUAUUACUCCUGCCCCUGCUGCUCCUCCAGCAGGAGAGGUUCCUCAACAAGAGUUUGAUGAGAAGACUGGUGGUGUAUUGAACCCUGCUGGCGAUGUCGAGCAGGGGCGGGCUGCCGCUGCCCCUGCCGGCGCCGAUCCGGAAAAGUCCGGCUCGCCGCCCCGCAAGAGCAGAAAUCCCUUCAAGCGUGGCUAUUGGGCCUUCCGGAACACCUACUGUCCUAAGGAGGAGCCGGGCCUCGUUUUCCCCACCGGCCCCGAUGACGAGGAGAAGCUCCGCUACGUGCACACCAACCGUAUUCCGCUCUACGUCUUCGGCAUCAUCUCCUUCCUGACCCUCUCGGCGGGUAUGUGGCUCUUUGCUGUUUGCAGUCCCAUCUUUGCCUGGUACGGAGUGUUUGUCGGCUUCCUCAACAUCUACCUCAUCAUCUCCUACCUUGUUGGCGUCGUCGGUCGCGACUGGGACUAUGAUGGCCACAAGAAGAUCGUGGAAGAGUUCCCCAUCAACGAGGAAACGGCUCCCACCGUCGAUGUCUACCUCCCCUGCUGCUCCGAGCCUCUCGAGAUUUUGGAAAACACCUACAAGCACGUCAUCAAGCUCGACUGGCCCGCCGCCAAGCUCAAGGUCUAUGUCCUUGACGACAGCGCCUCGGACGCGGUUCGCACGCUCGCUGAAUCCUACGGUUUCAACUACAUUGUUCGCGAUGACCGUCCCCGCCUUCGUAAGGCCGGUAACCUCCGCUGGGCUUUCGCCCGCACCCAGGGUGACUUCUUUGCCAUCUUUGACGCUGAUUUCUGCCCCCGUCCGGAUUUCCUCAGGGAGUUGGUGGUCGAGCACAUGGCCGAUGACAAGACCGCCAUCAUUCAGAGCCCGCAGUACUUCCGAGUCACGGAUGAUCAGACUUGGGUUGAGCAGGGCGCUGGAGCUACCCAGGAGCUUUUCUAUCGUGUCGUGCAGGUCAACAGAAACAGGUGGGGUGCCUCCAUUUGCGUCGGCAGUAAUGCCGUGUACAGACGCGCUGCUCUCGAAGAGGUGGGCGGUACUGCUGAGAUUGGUUUCUCUGAGGAUGUGCAUACUGGAUUUGGCGCUGUCGAUCGCGGCUGGAAGGUCAAGUACGUCCCGCUCUGCUUGGCUACCGGUAUCUGCCCCAACACUCCUCGGUCUUUCUUCUCGCAGCAGAUGCGCUGGGCUCGCGGUUCCACCACUCUCUUGACCACCAAGCAUUUCUGGACUUCCAACCUCAACUUUAUGCAAAAGUUGUGCUAUCUCUGUGGUCUCCUCUACUACUCAGCCGUCUCUCUCGGCAUCUUCAUCUCUCCCAUCCCCGGUACCCUCCUCCUCGCCUUCCGCCCCAUCUACUUCAAGUACUACAACCUCGCCUUCGCCAUUCCCUCCAUCGUCUAUGGCGCUGUUCUGUUCCGGUUCUGGGCCAAGGCCAAGUACGGCUUCAACGUGCAACACAUUAUGGUGGUGCAGUCGUACGCGUACCUGACGGCCAUCAAGGACCGCUUGUUUGGCAUUGAGCUACUCUGGGCGGCGUCCGGUGACAAGAAGGCGCACAAGAGCAACAAGUACCGCAACAUGCGCGUGCUGUGCACGCUGUGGACCAUCCUCAAUGUCGGCGGCAUGAUCACCGCCGUGGUGUACCGCGUUGGAUUCCAUGGGAUGGAGUGGUAUAAUACCCUGCCGCUGAUUAUCCUGUCGGCGUAUAAUUUGUACAUCAGCCAUUACUUUAUCUUUGCUUCGUGGAAGUGGUAGUCUUCCGGGAAACAGGAUGGAGAUGCUGGAAUAGGGAGGAGAUUCUUCACUUCUUUUUGAGGGCCGGACCUCUGGGGUCUCGUCGAAAGGCUCACUCAAUUUGGGAAUUACUUUUUUUUAUUUUUGGGACUGGAUGUCGGUCGGUGGCAUCUAGAUCGGAUUUACUUGGGGAUAUACAGGGUCACAGGGUGUCACCGGGUCAUAACGGAAAGACAGACAUGAGGACAUUGGGAGGGGGGAUACGAUGGAUUGUACGAAACGAACUUUGAUGGAACUACUUGAUGGAUGGAAUGUCUGAAUGGAUCUGGAUCCCAAAAGAACAUGAACUUGACAUGCAUGAAGGACGAGACGAUUUUAUCGAUACCUCUACCUACCUAUACAUAAGACUUAAUGAACGGAUUAAUA